CCCGGACGGGAUCCGUAGAGUCGCCCAGCCCCGCCAGCGCGGCCACGGGGAACGAGCUGCAAUCCCAGCCGAUGGCUCCCAGUGCCUCAUCCGCCUCCGAUGUCGCGGCGACGACGGAGCCCCCCAGCGUGUCGACCACCCCGGCUCCGUAUGGCACCCGGUCCAGGGGGCGCAAUGCGGCCCCGCGCCCCAACUACGCCGAAGACCGCGAUAUCGACGUCGACCUGGAGCUGACCCAGCCGGCCUUGAAGGCUGCCAAGCGGAGUAGCGGUGUCGCCGCCCACCCCGUCAAUGGCUCCAAGGCCAACAGUGAAGAGCCGGCCUCCGCCUCCAAUUCCAAUUCCAAUUCCAGUUCCAAUUCCCAUUCCCAUUCCCAUUCCCGCAAAAGUCUGCCGGCCGUCAAUGGUUCCGGUGCUGCCACCCCCGCCAACGCCAAAGACCCCAAAGAUGCCAUCCCAGGCACUUCCUCCUUCUCCGCCAAACUCGACGAGGGCACGCCGUCCACCACCGCCACCUCCACCCCAGUGCCCACGGCCCCCAAUGCCUCCUCGCGGAAACGCAAACAGCCCGCCAGCGUCGCCAAUGCGAAUGCGGUCAAUGGCAAUGCGGCCAAGAAGAUCUUCACCACCGCGCCCGGGAUCGCCCACAGCCCGACCGAGACCAACAUGAUGAGUUUCGAGAGCCGUGGCGCCUACCUGAAAGAUGGGAAACUCCAAGCCGACGAUGGCACCACAUUUGCCGUGAACGACCACGUCUACCUCAUCUGUGAGCCGCCCGGGGAGCCGUACUAUCUGGCGCGCAUCAUGGAGUUCCUCCCGUCCAAGGACACGCCGUCGGGCCCGAUCGAGGCGCUGCGGGUGAAUUGGUACUACCGGCCACGUGACAUCCAGCGCAAGGUGGCCGACACCCGCCUGGUCUUCGCCUCCAUGCACUCCGACACCUGCCCACUCACCUCCCUCCGGGGGAAAUGCCAGAUCCUGCAUCUGUCCGAGAUCGCCGACUUCGACAAGUACCGCAAGACCCGCGAUUCCUUCUGGUACGACAAGAUGUUCGACCGCUACAUCCAUCGCUACUACGACGUCAUCCCCACGAGCAAGGUCAUCAACGUCCCCGCCAAUGUCAAGAAGGUCCUCGAUGAGCGCUGGAAGUUCGUCCUGGUCGAGAUCGGCCGCCGGAAGGAGCUCACCAGUGCUGUGAAGACUUGCAAGCGCUGCAGCUUGUAUGCCGCUAACAACGACUCGGUGGAUUGUGCCGUCUGCCACAACACCUAUCACAUGUACUGCGUCCGACCCGUUCUUACGAAAAAGCCGGCCCGCGGCUUUGCCUGGGCUUGCGCCGCCUGCAGUCGCGCCCAGGAGCGCAAAAUGGAGGCCCGGAAUACCCCUUUACUCGGCGAAGCCCACGACGCGGAUGAGGAAAUGGUCGAAGAGGAGGAGGAGCCCAACGCGGCUGCGAACGGCACCACGGGGAGCACUCCGGCCCCUGUGGAGGAAGAGGUUAGGCCCGCCACAGAGGAACAAGUGGCACAAGCCAAACGGUGGCCUUACCGCUACCUCGGGAUUCAUUGUCGGGUGGAGGAUGCUCUCGAUUACGAUGACCGGAUAUAUCCGCGAGCCAGCUCCCGAUUGGGGCCUCGACAUCAGGCUAUGGUGCUGCCGUGGCAUGGAAAGCCGGUGGAGUACGUAAAGCCGGUCGACCUCAAGAAAAAGUACAUGCGGACUUCGGGAAGUCGCAAGGAUACGAAACUUUCCAAGGAGGCCGUCGCUGCCAUCGAAGCCGCAAAACAAGAGAAAGCAAACCGGCCCAAGUGGGUCAUGGACGAGCCUACGGGAUAUGUGCGACGCGGCGAAGAUGAGCCAGUCGCGGUGGCCGGAAAGCAAGUCCGUACCGCUGAGCUGAAGUUCAAGAUGCCUUCUGCCGACCAGAUCCCCGCCCGGGGUGAAGACGACGCGCCUGGAUCCGACCUCAGCCCCGCAGACCGAGAAAGGUUCGUGGAUGAAUAUAUGGAGCAGGCCAAGGCUUUGGCCCCCGAGCUGGGGCUGGAGAAGUACUCCACCAAUUUCCUCGACAAGGCUCUGGAGCUCCUGUACGCGAACAGCUUCGAUGUCGAUGCCGCUCUGGCGAAGCUGAAGCAGAUGAACAAGUACAAAGACCUCAAGGAGCCUCGUUUGCGCCCCGAGGAGCUCAAGCUGUUCGAGCAGGCAGUCGGCAAAUACGGAUCGGAAUGGCGCCACAUCACCAAACACGUAGGCACUGUGCCCCACUAUCAGAUUGUGCGAUUCUACUACAUGUGGAAGAAAACCCCCCGCGGUCGUCAGAUCUGGGGUGCCUACGAGGGCCGACGGGGCAAGAAGGAAGCCAAGCGCCACAACGCCUCGGCCAAAUUGGUGGACGAUGUUGCUGAUGACCACGACGACUCGGCGUUCGAUAGCGGGAAAGCCAGCGAGAAGAAGCGUGGGUUCCAGUGCAAGUUCUGCUCGACACGAACCUCCCGUCAAUGGCGACGCGCCCCGGGGGUUCCGCCCGGCACGACGACCCCGGGCGAGACUUCGACGAAGCAGCGAGAUCGGGGACAGCCGCUGACGGUGGCCCUCUGCUUGCGCUGUGCUUUGCUCUGGCGGAAAUACGGUAUCCAGUGGGAGAGCGUCGACGAAGUCGCCAAGAAGAUCGCACAAAGCGGCAACAAGUCAUGGCGUCGGCGGGUGGACGAGGAGCUUCUGACACAGCUGCUUGUCUCUACCGAAACUCCGAUCAGUAUCAACAGUGCGACCGCUGCGACUGCGGCUUCGAUCGGCGUUCCUGUGAACGCCAACCCGCAGGUGCAGCAAGAGUCUGGGAAGAAGAAGGGACGCGUCACUGCUGCCGAGAAAGAGAGCGCGGCCACCUCGACGGCCACCUCCGUGGAACCGGCGCCGAAAAAGAAAGCCGCUCCUGAACGGAUUCCCGAACCGCCGCCAAUCGUUCCGGAUCCCCCCAAGGCCAAGACGCUUCCGUGUGCUAUCUGCAACAAGAUGGAACCCGGAGGCGAUGAGCAUCUGUCAUGCAGAGACUGUCGCUUGACGGUGCAUCGCGGCUGCUACGGAGUCAGUCCGACGCGGAAUGGCAUCAAGUGGCUCUGCGAUAUGUGCUCCAAUGACCGGGACCCGAUGAUCUCGACUACCUACAACUGCGUUCUGUGCCCGGUGAGCUGGACGGAACAUGAGCUGAUGGAGGCCCCGAGGUCGACGCACAAGAAGAAGACGGAGCGGGACCGUGAGAAGGAGAGGCUUGAAAAGGAGAUGGUCAACGAGGCCAUCAAGCUUUACCGUCAGCGGCAAGAGGCUGUAGGCAAGCCGAUCGGCCCGCGAGAACCGUUGAAGAGAACCGCCGGCAACAACUGGGUCCACGUUAUGUGCGCGGUGUGGACGCCGGAGAUCAAAUUCGGCAGUUCGAAAGAGCUCGAGCCCGCCGAGGGAUUUGGGCUCAUUCCGAGGGACAAGUGGCGCGAUGUGUGUAAGAUCUGCAAGACCGACGGCGGUGCCUGUGUGCCGUGCCACUUCGGCAACUGCAACGCCCGCUUCCAUGUCGGCUGUGCAUUCCAGGCGCAGUACAAGUUCGGCUUCGAUAUCACGCCAGUCAAGAGCUCCAGGCGGGAUACGGUGAACAGUGUGCGACUGGGAGACGAGGUAGGAUCGGCUUCGGCCGGGAUCUGGUGCCCGCAUCACGCCGUCACCUCAUCCAUCCAUGAAAUCGGCGAGCCUACAGAAGAGGAGGGCAUCAACGCUCUGCAACGCUACGCCCAGGCGUACAAGCAGGCAGACCUCACCUUGACCGGAACCAUCAGAAAGGCCGCCUACGUGCAGCAGUCGGUCAGCGCAUCGCAUCAGUCCACGGCACCUGCAGUCAGUCGCCGCGUCUCCACGACGAACGGGGUGACUGCUCCUCCAGCGGCGACGAAGGACAGCCAGAAACCGGCGACAAUGGCACCCGAGGAGGCACCAGAUGAGAUGGUGGUCGAUUCGGAAAAUACCGCCCCUCGACCGAUCGCCGAUGCAGACGUAACGAGAAAGUGUGCCCGCUGCUCCAGUUCCUUCAGCCCCCGGUGGUGGGCCCUUGACAAGUCACGGCGCUCGACUGCCGACCACAGGACGCCUCUGCUCAAUGGAGUCGGGCUGAAUGAUCCCAUCGGCACAAGAUAUCCCAGCGCAGCCUCGGCAAGCCCUCCGUAUCUUCAUCGCACCCCGUCUCAGCAAGGCCUCCCACGGCUGAACGGAGAGUACAGCCCUGCGGAAAGCACCGCGCUGUCCGCCAUCAACAGCGAAGGGUCGCAGACGUUAUACGAGUGCCACAAGUGCCAUCUCAAGAAGCCACCAACCCAGCCCUCGCCCGAACCCCGGCCGUCGCCGUACUCUGCCCAGCGGCCCGUCCUGCCUGCCCCGAGGAUCACCGAGUUCCACAACCAUCCCUUCAGCUCUCCUCAUCCCACCCAUCCGCCUCCGUCUGGGGUUCUUCCAAGACCGAUCGGCCCGCCUGCUCACAGCGCUGCUCAUAGCGGUCCCGACUGGUACUCUGGGUAUGAACAACGGCCAGCGGACUUCGGCGACAACAAACUGCGCAAUGGAUUGCCGGUCCCUGGCUUUCGCGCCGGACCGCCACCACCGACACACCAUAUGAACGGAUUCCCACCUACUCCCUCCCACCAUGGUCCGCCGUCGCAUUAUACUCCUGGACCCCCUCCUCCCCAAUUCCCCACCCACCAGAGCCCAUACGGACCGGUUUCGAUGCCCUCGCCUCAUCUGUCGCACGCGGCGGGCGCUCGCCCGUACGCGCCAUCGGCGUCACCCCCAGACAUCCAAGCGACGAUGGUCCGGCACUCGCCCCAGCAUUCGCUCAGCGCAUUGAACGGGGGACCCCCACGGAUGUACUCGGUGGAUCGCGUGCUCAGCGCGCCAACCCAGUCACCCCCCAUCUCACAGGCACACAUGGAUCCGCGCGGCCCAACGCCUCCAGUCAAGCCCGAGGACACGCCGAUCCUCAGCAGCGCGGUGCGGUACACGAGCACCAGUGGGACGAACGGAGGCUCCGGAGCAAGCGCCAGUCCGUCUCUGAAGAACCUACUUUCCUAAGACGAUGCGAACAAAAACAGCGAACCGAAUACCGAAUGACCGCAAUAAAUAGAAUCAACCCCUCCCUCCCUCCCUCCCGCCACCUGCCCCUGUAUCAUAGCACACUUUUCUUGCAUCGUUCAUUCUCUCAUUUGUUGUUGCCACCGGUCUUCGGUUUUGGGAGGCGCGU